CCGGUUUUCCCGCGGAAUCGGGCUACUUUAACACCGUUGGCUGUUUCCGCGACCCCAGUAACGUAAUAUUUAGCACCAGAAACGCGAGUUUUACCAGGCGAAACCCGCCGACGUGUAUUUUAUUCUACCGAAAGUGACUGUUAACAGAUGACCCCCCUCGAAACACUGUUGGACUAGUUAUGGAAAGCAACUUGUAGGAUUUUUGUUGCGGAAACCUGGCAACCCUGGUUGCCGUCGUGUCGCGCGAGGACCGAAGAUGGCGGCUAGCAGCGCCGCGUCGGUGUCUCAGUACUGGAAGCGCUUUAAUCUGCAGCAGCUGCAGAGAGAGCUGGACAGUACGGCCACGCAGCUGGCCAGCCGGCAGGACGACAGCGAGCAGUCCAGGAGGAAGCUCAUCGACCAGAGCCGGGAGUUUAAGAAGAACACUCCAGAGGAUCUGAGGAAGCUUGUGGCUCCGCUGCUGAAGAGCUUCCAGGCUGAGAUUGAUGCAUUGAGUAAGAGGAGCAAAGAGUCAGAGACGGCCUUUCUGAAUGUCUAUAAACGACUGAUUGAUGUUCCGGAUCCGGUGCCUGCGUUGGAGUUAUCACAGCAGCUGCAUCUGAAGGUCCAGAGGAUGCAUGACAUAGACACGGAGAACCAGAAGCUGCGUGAGACGCUCGAGGAAUACAACAAAGAGUUUGCUGAGGUCAAGAACCAGGAGGUGACCAUUAAAACACUGAAGGAGAAGAUCAGAGAGUAUGAGCAGAGCGUGAGGAACCAGGCAGAGAAUCUGGCUCUGGAGAAACAGCAACAGAUUCAUAAAAACUAUGAGGAGAAGGAGAGGAAGUUCCAGGAGUCACAUGAGUCUUUGGUUGGUAGACUACAGGAAGCUGAACUCAAAGCCCAGACCCUGCAGACAGCACUUGAACGAACUCAGACUGAGCUUUUUGACCUGAAGACCAAAUACGAUGAAGAAUCGACUGCAAAGGCUGAUGAGAUUGACAUGGUGAUGACUGAUCUGGAGCGAGCCAAUCAGAGAGCAGAAGCUGCUGAGAGGGAGGUUGAAGCUCUGAGAGAGCAGCUCACUUCAGCUCACAAACCAUCCCCGCUGCCAACACGGAUGGACUCGACCCCUUACACGGAUGAGGCCGAGCUGGUGGUGCGCUCGAGUCUGGAGGCGGAGCUCAGUGCGAAGGAGCGUGAGAUGCUCCAGCUGGUGGAGGACGUCCAGAGACUGCAGGCCGGCCUGUCCUCGCUCCGAGAGAGCUCCGCUGCACAGAUCAGCCAGCUUCAGCAGCAGCUCCAGAGCCAGACCGCCACACUCAAGCAUCUGGAGGAGAAGCUGCAGACGCAGGCCGACUAUGAGGAGAUGAAGAAAGAGCUCAGCAUCCUGAAGUCGAUGGAGUUUGGGCCGUGUGACAGCUCCGCGGCACAGGACUCCUCUAAACCUUUAGAAGUGUUGCUGCUGGAGAAGAACCGCAGUCUGCAGUCUGAGAGCGCGUCUCUGCGCAUCGCCAACACCGAGCUCAGCGGCCGUUACGCGUCUCUACAGCUGGAGUUCUCCGCAGCAGUGAAGACCAGCUCUGAGCAGAAAGAGCUCAUCCUCAAACUAGAGCAGGAUCUCAGCACCAUCCAGACUAUAUCACGACCGGACGCUGAGGGAGCAGACAGCAGCGUGGUGAUCGUCCCGGAGCCCAUUAAAGAGGCCACCGCUCUCUUCUCAAGUGUGGGCGGCUCUCCUCAGACAGAGCUUCCUCAGGGUCAGAUGGACUCUCUGCUGUCCAUCAUCUCCAGUCAGAGGGAGAGAUAUCGCUUGCGUAACCAGGAGCUGGAGGCCGCAAACAGCUCCCUUCAGCAGACCUUACAGGCUCUUCAGAGUGAGCUGGACAGCCUGCGGGCCGACAACAUCAAGCUUUACGAGAAGAUCAAGUUUCUGCAGAGCUACCCAAGCAGAGCAGGAGACAGCGACGAUACGGUGAUGCGUUACUCGUCUCAGUACGAGGAAAGACUCGACCCCUUCGCUCCGUUCAGCAAGAGGGAGCGUCAGAGGAGAUAUCAGAGCCUCAGCCCGUGGGACAAGGCCACGCUCAGUCUGGGUCGUGUGAUCCUCUCCAGUAAGACGGCCAGAACCGUGGCCUUCUUCUACACGCUGAUCCUGCACUGCCUCGUCUUUCUGGUGCUGUAUAAAGCUGCCUGGAGCGAGAGCAUCGGUCGGGACUGUGCUGCGUUUUGUGCAAAGAAAUACUCAGACCACCUGCACCGUUUCCACGAGGAUGGAGACAUGUGGCAGUAGCGGCGUCUGCCCCCUAGAGAGAGCUCUUCUUAAUCAUAGCUUGUGCUUUCACUCCUGGUACUAGGACCAGGUUAGCUGGGGAAUAUACUGGGUUAAAUACGAAACUCACAGGUUUGAUGAGGAGAUCUGUUAGCGUCUAUUUGACUUGAAAUCAGUCGUCUCUCACACCUGCCCAGAGGGAUCUGUUGUUCUUGCAUACAUGAUUAUAUCGGCGGUAAUGGUUUAUUUAACUUUGUGCCAGAUACUGUCACAAGCAUCUGCACAAUAUUUAUAUCCUUUCGUUCGGAGGUGUAGUCUCUUAAAGUAUAAAUUUAGGCUUUCAGGGAAUGGAUGUUUUCUUUAUUUUGAGCUAACUCUAUUAAUAAAAGUAAUAAAAUAAAA